AUGCAGAACGUCCAACUCGCUGCCUGGGAUACUGGGGUCGGUAUGCAGUGGAGCACCGGCAGAAUUACAAUGGAAGAGCCGACCUAUCAGUUGCUCGGAAUUGAUGCGUCACAAGAGUACAUCAUCGGCUUCUUCUACACCGGUUAUCCCGCCGACAUCAGCGAGCCGAAACGACAACCUGCAGGCGAGUUUAUCCGCUGGGUAGCUUAG